CUAUAGUAACUAAGCUCUGCUUCCUUCGGGAAGUAGUGAACUCAAGUAUUUUUUCUUCUUGUUUACAAGAAGAAGAUGAAAUAUUGUUUGGUUUUAGGGGAUGGGGUUCGAAUAUUUGAAGGGGGGAAAUGAUGCUCCUUUUUCCUUCAAAUUCUAACCCUAGUUUGUUGGUCCGUGCAGGUUCGCGCACGGAAAGGUUAGAUCGAACGUACUCGAUCUCGCGUGGAAAGCGUAGCCAAGAUGGUGAUCCGGAAGGAGCUAGUGGAUCAGGACUGGGAGAUUUAUCUCCAUAGUUUUGAUGAGGACACGGCCUGGGGUGUCGACUACCGCCAGGAGAAGAACGUGUACGUCGGCGGCGCGACCAUCUUCAAAAGAGACCAAGCUGGGCAGAUUGUUGAGACUCAGCCUAUCAGAGGGAAGAUUCGGUUUCCUCACGCACCCUUCCGUUUUGGACUCCCCUUAGGGAUGGAUUUUCUCAGCGGUUCGGAGUCGGACCCUAGUGAGGGGCCAGGCUACGAGUCAGGCGAGGGGAGCGAGCCUUCAGUGACUUCCGAGUACCGGAAUCCGACAGAGGGACUUUUGGUGCCGAAGGAGGAGCCGGUGAGCCCCAUUGCACCACCCGAGCAAGAGCUGAAUCAGGGACUCAUGGAUCCCGUACCAUUAGGGUUUGGGUGGAGCUUGGAGGCAUUGAGGCAGUGGAACCUGGACAUGAAAGUUGAGCUUCCGAAGCCAGGAGAGGAGACGCCGGAGCCUUCCAACAUGUGGGCCAGAGAAGAUGCAGACUGCAACGAGUGGCCUUGAUUGGGUUGAGAGCGCUGUUUUAUUUUUGGAGCUUUUAUUUUACUUUGAAGUACUUGUAGUUGAUUUUCAAAUGUAAACAAUUUUGUCAGAUUACUAGGGUGGUUUUGUUUACACACAUGGGUGUGGCCACCGUACAUUAUUUCAGUUAUUGGAUUUAUAUCAAUCGUUCGUUUUCCUUA